AUGGAUUACCAUGAAAUAUUACUUCAGUUGACAACAGUUGAUGGAACUAGAAAUGAAGAGAUUAAAGACUUUGAUGAACAGUUACAACAAGUUUUACAAAAAAUACAAUCAAUUUUAACGAAAGAUGAUAAAAAGUUCAUAAUUGACAACAUUGAAGAAGAAGAUGAAUUGCUUGAUAUUGGAUAUCAAUACAUCUAUACUAUUGUACAUGUUUUGCAAAAUAUAAAAAUAUGUAAUUCUACAAACAACGAAUCUCUAUUUAGUGUUAAACAAUUUCAUACUUUAAAAGUUUGUAUAAAACUGAUAACCGCAAUAGGAAUUAUACCUUGUCUUUUACCUGGUGUUGGAAUUGAUAUAACUAAAUUGUGUUCUAGAACUUUACUAAUCUGUGGGAAAAAUUUAACAGACUUACAAAAAUAUAGAAGAUUACAAUUCACAGUUAAUUCUCUCAUACAAUUAUAUGAUGAAAUUAUAUUUCGUCCUGUUAUAAUUGCUCAGAUAGGACCAUUAUUGGCUGCGCUUUUACAAUUAUCUUAUGCUCCAUUGAUGAAACCAUCUAAAAAUACUACAUUAAUUCUAAAAGAAAAUAGAAGCAAUAAAUUUAUAAUGACUGCAGAUCUAUAUGAUAAGUUAAAAAAAGAUCAAGAACAUUUCACAUGUUUGCUUCAUCAAUUAUUAAAUAACUGUCCCUUGUCUACGAGUAUGAAAGAAUUGAUGGUAAUUCUUGGCAGUGAAGGUGCCCCAAAAUGGCUUCAACGUGAAACUCGUAAAUAUUUAGUACAGCAACUUAUGAAAUCUAAUGGAGUUGUUUCAAUCAUAGCUGCUGUUUGUGAAGAUAUCUUGGAUCUUGGAGAACAUUGGAAUAAAUUGGGUAUUAUUUCCAAGUUAAUAGCUACAUCACAUGGGAAUACUCCUGAUAAGUAUUAUAAAUCCAUAUGCCCGCAGUUAUUAAAUCUUCUAGCAUCAACACAGAUCAAAUAUUCAACGACAAUAGGAAACUGCUGUAUAACUGCACUUUAUGAAUACAAUCCUACUGUUUGUCUUACUGACAUUGUUGGUGUAAUAUGCAGUCCAUUAUUAGUGAAAAAUAAAGAAGAGAUGUCAAAAAGCGAGUAUGAAGUAGAAAAAUGUAUUGAAACUUUGACAAAAUGUUUCAUAACUGUGGAAGCUAAAUUUAAACAAUUGCCUUGUCAACUUUUAAUGAAUAUAGCUGUUCCUCUAUUUUCAUUGUAUAAUAAUGUUAGACAAAGUGUUUGCAUACUGAAAACUAAAAUUAAACAACUUAUAUUGCUACUUUUAUAUGAAGAAUCAUCAAGAAAUGAUCUUUUUGCUGCAUUUCUUGGGCAUAAUUUAACCAAUAAAUUUGGCUAUCAUUUGAAGUCAAUAUUUGGACCAACUGGUGGAAUUGAAAUUAUAGGAAUAGAUAAUGCUAAUAAAUAUGAAGAAUUUGCAGACAGCCUUUUUGAUCUAACAUUUAAUACAGCAGUAUUAUCGACUAAAUUAUUCUCUUAUCUAUUACAAUUUUUGUCACAUCUUCUAAAAUUAGAUUAUCAAAAAGAAGUUGGAAAUUUGUUAGAAACUGAAGAUGAUAUAGUAAAAAUGCUCGAGAAACAGUUAUUAGCUGUAAAACUUUUAUCAAAUUUAGCUAAUAUAUGUGCCGUACAAGAAGCACAAAUUGAAAAUCCAAAAUCAAUAAUUUGUUUUAUAAAAUCAUUAUUUAAUCAAUAUUUGAGGAAAAUACAGAAUUUACCAGAAGAAGAUGAUUGUGAGAUCUUGUACGUCAGCUUAAUGUUAGUAAAAAUGAUUUUAAGUGAUAGUACAAAACCUUUAGAUUGGACAACAUUUAGCGAUUUCAUAGAAUUCUUAAAGCAAUGUUGUUUUGUUUCAAACAUGCCAUCUCAGUUAUUGUUAUUGACACGAGAAUUAAUAGAAUUGAUUGAAACUCAAGAUAAAUCGAAACGAAAACAUUAUGAAGAUUUAUCAGUGGAAUGUAAACCAGCAAAAAAAUUUGAAGAAGCGCUUAAAGAUCUUGCAGAUCCAUUACUACCUGUGCGUGCACAUGGGCUUAUAGUACUAACCAAACUAAUUGAAAAUAAGGAUCCAUGUGUUAUUGCAAGAAAAAUGUUUUUUUUACAAAUAUUUAAGGAGAAUUUGAAACACGAAGAUUCAUUUAUAUAUUUGACAGCAAUUAAUGGAUUGUGUGCUUUAACUAGUUCAUAUCCACAAAUGGUGAUUGAGAUGUUAGUACAGGAAUAUAUUGAUAUGCCACAACGUAUUGCAGCUAGAGAAAUAACUGUAGAAACUAGGAUCAAAUUGGGAGAAAUACUUGUAAAAGUAACCAAAAAUUUAGGUGAAAUGGCAUUUGCUUAUAAAGCUAUUUUAAUAAAUGGAUUUUUAUGUGCUACGCGAGAUUCAGAUGCUUUAGUACGUGCUUCUAGUCUUUCUUGUUUAGGUGAAUUAUGUAAGAUAUUAAGUUUUCGAUUGGGAGAUAUCGUUAUCGAGGUGCUCUAUUGCAUUAGCUGUAUCAUAAAGACGGAUAAAAAUGCUGAAUGUCGACGAGCUGCGGUUAUGGUUAGUACUUUGUUACUUCGUGGUCUUGGAAAGGAUACGCUAUUUAAUCUCGGUAAAGAUUUGAUCGAUUUAUAUCAUGGUCUUAAAUAUCUACGAGACAAUGACGAGGAUCCAGUGCUACGUUUACACGUUCAACUAACUCUGGAAGAAUUGGAUCUUAUAGUUCGAGACUUUCUCUUUUCUCCUCCAAAACUUGAAAAAAGAAUAUUUCUGCUAGAUUCAUAGUAAUGAUUGUUACUUAAAAAAAGAAAAAAGUCAGAGAUGUUUACAAUGUGUUGACACACACACGCAUGCACGCGUGUCUUUUUUAACAUACUACUUUUAAGUUGCUUGAUGUUCAUGAUGUUCAAUAAAAACGAAAAAGACCACAGUAUUGUUUAACAUCAGUUUUUGAAAAUAUAUAUAGUAUAAA